UCUUUAAUUCCUUUCUUUAAUUGGUGGCUUCUCUUCCCAUAACCAGACCUAAUACUGACAAGCUCCUGAACCACUUUCAUCUCCAGAAAAGUUUCUUGGGGGAAAAAAAAAAGAUAUGGCGAGAGAGAAGAUAAAGAUCAAGAAGAUCGACAACGUGACGGCGAGGCAGGUGACAUUCUCAAAGAGGAGACGAGGGCUUUUCAAGAAAGCUCAAGAGCUUUCUGUUCUCUGCGAUGCUGAGGUUGCCCUUGUCGUCUUUUCUUCAACCGGCAAGCUCUUUGAGUACUCUAGCUCAAGUAUGAGUGAUCUUAUUGAAAGGCGGAAUAUACAGCACAAUAACCCGCAGCAAUUGGACCUUGAAUUGCAGCUACAUUAUAAUAUGAAUCGCUUCAGGUUGAGUAAGGAAGUUGAAGAUAAGAGCCUCAAGCUAAGGCAGAUGAUGGGAGUGGAUCUUCAAGGGUUAACCCUAGAUGAAUUGCAACAAUUGGAGAAAAAGCUCGAAGCUGGACUUACCCGUGUGCAUGAGAUUAAAGAAAACCGGUUUAUGAGUGACAUUGCCGCACUUGAAAAGGAGGUGAUGGUGUUGCAUUCUAAAGGCAAAACCUUGGAGUCAGAUAAUAACGUGAACAAUAUUGCAAAGGAAUUAGAUCAGAGAAUGUCAUCAUCAGAUCAGUCUGCGACCACCAUCAGUAACACUCCUUCACUCGAGAAUGACUGCUCUGAUACAUCUCUCCGAUUAGGGCUUCCUUUCUCGGCUCUAUAGCUAAAAAUGGGGAAGAUUGAACUAAGGAAGAUGUUUAUAUAACGUAGUGAUAUUCUAAUAUACUAGUAUUUGCACCAUGAAUAAGGUAGUGAUGUUGGAAUUGGAAGAUCAUGUAUGGGGUUCCUGUACUACGUAAGUUUUAAUUAAUAUUUGUUGGUAAUGAAAAAUUUGUUGGGAAGGAUAUCACUCUGGCUAAGAGAACUUGAUCU